AUGACGACGACAACCAACUCGGUACCACCCGAAGAAGAAGAAGAAGAAGAAGAAGAAGAAAAAGAAGAGCAAAAAGAAACAAAACCCAAAUCGUCCUCCCUCCAGAAUAACAACAACAACAACAACAACAACCCCUUCUGGUGGAACACCAACCUUCCCCCCUCCCAACACACCCCAACCUGCCCUCCCUAUCUCGAGUACGCUUUCCACAACCUCAAAGACCGCACUAUCCUCUCCACUCCCGAUGCCCUCUACACACCCCAAACGUGGCCCGAAGUCCAAUCUCUCAUUCGCGAGAAUCGACUAGAUCUCUUUCAACGCGUGCCGAGCGAGUUGCGCUUGUAUAGGGAGUUUUGCGCGGAUGUCGGAGAGAGGUAUGGGAGUGUGAGGGAGUUUGUGGUGAGGGAGCGGUUGGGGUGGGAGGGGGAUGGGGGUGGUGUGAGGGCGGAGGGGGAGGAAAACUACAAAAUCCUCCUCAACGACUGGCCCUACGGCUUCGACUCUCGCAUCGUCCAUCUAGUCGUCUGGACCAAAUUCCCCCUCCCUCCCGAUCCCACAUCAGAAAAGGGAGAUAUAUCCCCUCAGACGAGAGCAAUGAUUUCCAAUUUUGUACAGGAGACUUUUGGGGGAGAAGAAGAAGAAAAUGUGGUGUGGUUUUUAAACUGGGCGAGUUUGAAAAGUAUUCAUGCAGUGGAACAUUUUCAUGUUUUGCUUUUUGAGCCGGAUGAGGAGUUUGUGGAGAGGGUGACGAGGGGGGAUGUGGCUUUGAGGGAUAAAGUGAAGAUGAAGAAGGGGAGGGAGGAGGGGGAGGAGGGAUAG